AUGUUGAUUCUGUUCAUUUUAAAAAUCUUGUUCAUUGUCAAAGUAAUCGGUUAUGAUGAUGUUCAACCCAUUGUUGUUCCAUCAUUGGUUCACGAAUUUGUUCUGCCCAAGAAUCCACUCGUCAAUCCUUUCUACAAUCCUCAAAUCGAUGCAUUAUCGACUUUUGAUACGGUACUUGCAAUCAAAGGUCGUUUGACUGGUCGUUCAAUUGAAAUUGAUGACACCGAUAUCAGCAAUUUAGAACAACGUUCAACCAUAGAUUCUGCAUGGGAAAAUCUGAUUGUGAGCGGACCGAUUACAGUAAAUUUGUUAGCUCAAGUGAUGGUUUUAUCUAGCAAACGAGACUUUUCGUUUCGCGAUGCUGUGCCGGGCAAUAUUUUUCAAUAUGUCAAGUAUCCAGACUCAUUCCGUAUGACUCUCAAUCAAAUCUCCAAUGAGGGUUGGCGCGCCUUUCUCACAGCACACAUCAAUAUGGAUAAACUUCAACUAAAUAUGCAACGUAUUCCAACUCAUAUCAAGAUUGCAUUGAGCAUAUUGUCAACAACAACAACACAAACGUCAAAACAAAUUGAAACACAAAUGUCGAAAAUCUUACAAACUGUUCUAAGAAUUGGCAAUGAUUGUAUUAGCGUAGCUAAUGAUACCCAUAUAGCAUUCUCUACUGUUAUGAAUUAUCUUGGUGAAGUUAUUGCUUUGACAGAAACAAGUAAAAGUCUACGAGAAACUCGACUUAGAGAAACAGAAAUUGAACUGAAUGUAUCUCGAGUCUGGCAGAAGCAAUUAAAACAAUUACGUAAUAUUCUCAAGGAACAUUAUGAAAGUACGGUAGAAGAUCUACGUUUUGCUCAUAUAGAAUAUUCAAGAGCAUUGGCUAGACGUUCGUCAAGAUUUGAAAAGGGUCUAAUGCGUCUGACUAGUGCUGUCGUCAAAUUGACGAGAAAUGCUGCUAAAGUGCUGGAGAGAUUGACUUCAGACGAGCAACAAAUUAAUGGAGCUUCUUCAGCUCUAAAUUAUCUGCUCAAUGGAUCCGUCAUGGCUACAGCAGACAAUGGUAAAGCACUUCUUAUAGCACAAUCACUUUCUGAAUCAAUGAACGAUUUAUUCAGUAUAUUCAAUGAUAUAUUUUAUUCAAUAAAUAAUCAGACAACCAGUCACAAUCCAAAAGAAAUGGAAAACAUUUUAUGCGAGAUUGAAACUUACGAAAAAUUAAUUGGAAAAACUGACAUAGUCAUAAAUGUUGUUAAUCCAAUUUUAGAACAAAUAAAAAAUGUUACCAUCAAAGCUAUUGAAUUAGCGCAAGAUAAUGCUCUUGGAAAGUCAGUCAAUAGGACUGAAACAGAUUAUGUUUCAGCUCAAUUGAAGAAAUUGAUUGGAGAGAUGAAAAAAAUAGAUGCUGCCGCAGGACUUAUCGACGAUCCCUCUGGUAUGAAACCAUCUGAAGAUAAUCAGUUUUCAUCGGAUUCUGCAAAAAUGGCCAUUCAGAUAACAGAACAGAAACUCGAAGAUGCACGAAAGCGAAGUGAUGCCAGUCUGGCUCAAUUACGAAAGAAUAUGAAUGACAUGAAUGAACUAGUAGGUAAAAUAGCUUCAUUGGACUUGACACGAAUCAGUUAUGCUGAACUUCUGGAUUACAUGCGGCAAGCUUUACGUCUUCUUGCUACAAUGCGUCAAACUUGGGCACAGCUUGUUCUAUUUUUCUCGACCAUAGCCAGUCAAGCAGAAAUUGCUCUCUCAGGCACACUUGAUCCAUUCAUUCAACAAGCCAAACGUGCCGGUAACGAGGACAUUUCGGCAGACGAGCGUAGUUUCUUUGUGGAAUUACUUAAAGAACAAUCGAUUAGUAUUUAUCAAACUUCCUAUUCACUUUUCAUUAUGUCUCGAACGUAUGUUGAUAUGUCCAAUGAGUUCUUAAUGCCACGACUCUCUGGACUGUCACUCAUGUUCACAGCCAAAGAUGAUAAUGAACGAAUGGUACUCAAUAAUAGGUUAGCGUUAGAAACUAAAGCUACACAAACAAAGGUGAAAGCAUUAGUCGAAGAACGCAAAAUGACCUAUACAUCUAUGGUUAACAAUCAACUCAGAAAACUACAAACCACUCUACAGAAUUUAGGAGGACCAUCAAUAGAAAAUCAACGUGCAAUUGAUGAAGCUAGUGAACUUUUAAGUAGUCAAUAA